ACAUAAACAAACGGUUAUGAAAAAUAGUGAAACACACAACAACACAUGUUAUAUCCUCUUCUUUAUACGUUAGGCCAAAAAAGCUUUUUCUAUAUUACUCUUUAACUUCAUCGAUUCCAAGAGAAGAAACGAAGCAUCAGUGAUCUUAUCCUCUCAUAGCUACCACCGAACUAACUCUCUCCAUCACCACCAUAACCAUUGAUUCUACUGUGGAAAAAAUAGAAAGUUCCAAGCUUUUUCUCAAAUGGUUCUGAUUUAAGUAAGAGUGAAGAAAAGUAAAAAUAGAGUCAGAAAUGGAGAAACAGAGGAGAGAAGAAAGCAGCUUUCAACAACCUCCAUGGAUUCCUCAGACACCCAUGAAGCCAUUUUCACCGAUCUGCCCAUACACGGUGGAGGAUCAAUAUCAUAGCAGUCAAUUGGAGGAAAGGAGAUUUGUUGGGAACAAGGAUAUGAGUGGUCUUGAUCACUUGUCUUUUGGGGAUUUGCUUGCUCUAGCUAACACUGCAUCCCUCAUAUUCUCUGGUCAGACUCCAAUACCUACAAGAAACACAGAGGUUAUGCAAAAAGGUACUGAAGAAGUGGAGAGUUUGAGCUCAGUGAGUAACAAUGUUGCUGAACAGAUCCUCAAGACUCCUGAAAAACCUAAGAGGAAGAAGCAUCGGCCAAAGGUUCGUAGAGAAGCUAAACCCAAGAGGGAGCCUAAACCACGAGCUCCGAGGAAGUCUGUUGUCACCGAUGGUCAAGAAAGCAAAACACCAAAGAGGAAAUAUGUGCGGAAGAAGGUUGAAGUCAGUAAGGAUCAAGACGCUACUCCGGUUGAAUCAUCAGCAGCUGUUGAAACUUCAACUCGUCCUAAGAGGCUCUGUAGACGAGUCUUGGAUUUUGAAGCCGAAAAUGGAGAAAACCAGACCAACGGUGACAUUAGAGAAGCAGGUGAGAUGGAAUCAGCUCUUCAAGAGAAGCAGUUAGAUUCUGGGAAUCAAGAGUUAAAAGAUUGCCUUCUUUCGGCUCCUAGCACGCCCAAGAGAAAGCGCAGCCAAGGUAAAAGAAAGGGAGUUCAACCAAAGAAAAAUGGCAGUAAUCUAGAAGAAGUCGAUAUUUCGAUGGCGCAAGCUGCAAAGAGAAGACAAGGACCAACUUGUUGCGACAUGAAUCUAUCAGGGAUUCAGUAUGAUGAGCAAUGUGACUACCAGAAAAUGCAUUGGUUGUAUUCCCCAAACUUGCAACAGGGAGGGAUGAGAUAUGAUGCCAUUUGCAGCAAAGUAUUCUCUGGACAACAGCACAAUUAUGUUUCUGCCUUUCACGCUACGUGCUACAGUUCCACAUCUCAGCUCAGUGCUAAUAGAGUCCUAACCGUUGAAGAAAGACGAGAAGGUAUCUUUCAAGGAAGGCAAGAGUCUGAGCUAAAUGUUCUCUCGGAUAAGAUAGACACGCCGAUCAAGAAGAAAACAACAGGCCAUGCUCGAUUCCGGAAUUUGUCUUCAAUGAAUAAACUUGUGGAAGUUCCUGAGCAUUUAACCUCAGGAUAUUGUAGCAAGCCACAGCAAAAUAAUAAGAUUCUUGUUGAUACGCGGGUGACUGUGAGCAAAAAGAAGCCAACCAAGUCUGAGAAAUCACAAACCAAACAGAAAAAUCUUCUUCCGAAUCUUUGCCGUUUUCCACCUUCAUUUACUGGUCUUUCUCCAGAUGAACUUUGGAAACGACGUAACUCGAUCGAAACAAUCAGUGAGCUAUUGCGUCUAUUAGACAUCAACAGGGAGCAUUCUGAAACUGCUCUCGUUCCUUACACAAUGAAUAGCCAGAUUGUACUCUUUGGUGGUGGCGCUGGAGCAAUUGUGCCUGUAACUCCUGUUAAAAAACCACGCCCACGACCAAAGGUUGAUCUAGACGAUGAGACAGACAGAGUGUGGAAACUGCUAUUGGAGAAUAUUAAUAGCGAAGGUGUUGACGGAUCAGACGAGCAGAAGGCGAAAUGGUGGGAGGAAGAACGUAAUGUGUUUCGAGGACGAGCUGACUCAUUUAUUGCAAGGAUGCACCUUGUACAAGGGGAUCGACGUUUUACGCCUUGGAAGGGAUCCGUCGUGGAUUCUGUUGUUGGAGUAUUUCUCACUCAAAAUGUUUCAGACCAUCUCUCAAGUUCGGCUUUCAUGUCGUUGGCUUCCCAGUUCCCUGUCCCUUUUGUACCGAGCAGUAACUUUGACGCUGGAACAAGCUCGAUGCCUUCUAUUCAAAUAACGUACUUGGACUCAGAGGAAACGAUGUCAAGCCCACCCGAUCACAAUCACAGUUCUGUUACUUUGAAAAAUACACAGCCUGAUGAGGAGAAGGAUUAUGUACCUAGCAAUGAAACCUCCAGAAGCAGUAGUGAGAUUGCCAUCUCAGCCCAUGAAUCAGUUGACAAAACCACGGAUUCAAAGGAGUAUGUUGAUUCAGAUCGAAAAGGCUCAAGUGUAGAGGUUGAUAAGACGGAUGAGAAGUGUCGUGUCCUGAACCUGUUUCCAUCUGAAGAUUCUGCACUUACAUGUCAACAUUCGAUGGUGUCUGAUGCUCCUCAAAAUACAGAGAGAGCAGGAUCAAGCUCAGAGAUCGACUUAGAAGGAGAGUAUCGUACUUCCUUUAUGAAGCUCCUACAGGGGGUACAAGUCUCUCUAGAAGAUUCCAAUCAAGUAUCACCAAAUAUGUCUCCGGGUGAUUGUAGCUCAGAAAUUAAGGGUUUCCAGUCAAUGAAAGAGCCCACAAAAUCCUCUGUUGAUAGUAGUGAACCUGGUUGUUGCUCUCAGCAAGAUGGGGAUGUUUUGAGUUGUCAGAAACCUACCUUAAAAGAAAAAGGGAAAAAGGUUUUGAAGGAGGAAAAAAAAGCGUUUGACUGGGAUUGUUUAAGAAGAGAAGCCCAAGCUAGAGCAGGAAUUAGAGAAAAAACAAGAAGUACAAUGGACACCGUGGAUUGGAAGGCAAUACGAGCAGCAGAUGUUAAGGAAGUUGCUGAAACAAUCAAGAGUCGCGGGAUGAACCAUAAACUUGCAGAACGUAUACAGGGCUUCCUUGAUCGACUGGUAAAUGACCAUGGAAGUAUCGAUCUUGAAUGGUUGAGAGAUGUUCCACCAGAUAAAGCAAAAGAAUAUCUUCUGAGCUUUAACGGAUUGGGACUGAAAAGUGUGGAGUGUGUGCGGCUUCUAACACUUCACCAUCUUGCCUUUCCAGUUGAUACAAAUGUUGGGCGCAUAGCCGUCAGACUUGGAUGGGUGCCCCUUCAGCCGCUCCCAGAGUCACUUCAGUUGCAUCUUCUGGAAAUGUAUCCUAUGCUUGAAUCUAUUCAAAAGUAUCUUUGGCCCCGUCUCUGCAAACUCGACCAAAAAACAUUGUAUGAGUUGCACUACCAGAUGAUUACUUUUGGAAAGGUCUUUUGCACAAAGAGCAAACCUAAUUGCAAUGCAUGUCCGAUGAAAGGAGAAUGCAGACAUUUUGCCAGUGCGUUUGCAAGUGCAAGGCUUGCUUUACCAAGUACAGAGAAAGGUAUGGGGACACCUGAUAAAAACCCUUUGCCUCUACACCUGCCAGAGCCAUUCCAGAGAGAGCAAGGGUCUGAAGUAGUACAGCACUCAGAACCAGCAAAAAAGGUCACAUGUUGUGAACCAAUCAUCGAAGAGCCUGCUUCACCGGAGCCAGAAACCGCAGAAGUAUCAAUAGCUGACAUAGAGGAGGCGUUUUUUGAGGAUCCAGAAGAAAUUCCUACCAUCAGGCUAAACAUGGAUGCAUUUACCAGUAACUUGAAGAAGAUAAUGGAACACAACAAGGAACUUCAAGACGGAAACAUGUCCAGCGCUUUAGUUGCACUUACUGCUGAAACUGCUUCUCUUCCAAUGCCUAAGCUCAAGAAUAUCAGCCAGUUAAGGACAGAACACCGAGUUUACGAACUUCCAGACGAGCAUCCUCUUCUAGCUCAGUUGGAAAAGAGAGAACCUGAUGAUCCAUGUUCUUAUUUGCUUGCUAUAUGGACGCCAGGUGAGACGGCUGAUUCUAUUCAACCGUCUGUUAGUACGUGCAUAUUCCAAGCAAAUGGUAUGCUUUGUGACGAGGAGACUUGUUUCUCCUGCAACAGCAUCAAGGAGACUAGAUCUCAAAUUGUGAGAGGGACAAUUUUGAUUCCUUGUAGAACAGCGAUGAGGGGUAGUUUUCCUCUAAAUGGAACGUACUUUCAAGUAAAUGAGGUGUUUGCGGAUCAUGCAUCCAGCCUAAACCCAAUCAAUGUCCCAAGGGAAUUGAUAUGGGAAUUACCUCGAAGAACGGUCUAUUUUGGUACCUCUGUUCCUACGAUAUUCAAAGGUUUAUCAACUGAGAAGAUACAGGCUUGCUUUUGGAAAGGGUACGUAUGUGUACGUGGAUUUGAUCGAAAGACGAGGGGACCGAAGCCUUUGAUUGCAAGAUUGCACUUCCCGGCGAGCAAACUGAAGGGACAACAAGCUAACCUCGCCUAAUCCGUUGGCAAGCAAACAAAUACAAGCUUAUGGUUAAGAGUGAGAGAGCACACUGUUCCAAUCUAGUUAAUGUAAGAAAGUGAAAACGUAAAGUUAACAGUCCUAGAGUUGUACAAGGUUUCUAAAUCCCAUUUUAGUUUCGUCUUAAAUUUGUAUCAAACACUUGUCACAAAAAACAGACCCGUAGCUGUGUAAACUCUCUGUUCCCUUCGUUUGGUUUAUAUCUGAAUUUACGGUUAGCUUUUGGUUACCUGAAUCAAGAUCUGGUUCGAUAUGUGGAGGAUCUCACUUAACUUGGUUUAAAUCAGAUAGUUCAACCGGACCAAAGAAUUCUAUUGUUGUCAAAUAUUAG